CGUCAGUCGACGCAGUGACAAAAGAGUCGACGCGGCGUACACUAGCUACACCAGGCUGAAGGGAGCACACAUACAUAUGAAUACAAGGGCGCGUAUAACGGCACGCAUGGUACACGGAUGGCAGCGAGGGUUUCAUAGCAAUUGAAAAGCUGAGCACGGUCACUGGCGACGAACCUACAGCAGCAUGCCGUCUAUGUUGAACCUGCCCUUCCAGGCACACGUCGACACGAUGACCGGAGAACACCGUGCCUCCCAUCUGGGCCCGACGUUCGCUGGCCCUCGAUGGGCCAUCUACUCGCACAGCUGGCCUGUUACGACGCAGCAGCAUCAGGCGUCCAGCUCUACGAGUCUCUCGCAGCGUUUUCGCAGGGCGGUCCUCAAGAAUGACCUGCUGCUAGCCAAGCGAAUUGCAUCCAAGGCUAUUGCCCUCUCCACUAGCACGGCCCUCGAAGCAGAGCAGCAGCAGCAGCAUUGGCUCGACCGGCAAUUCGACUUAGAGACACGGCGGCCGUCGACACACACCGUUCGAGCUUUACCGUCGUCCGCGUCGGGGACAAUAUCGCCAAGCGGGAAAGAAUCACAGCCACCACGCCGAUCGCCGCUAAAGCUUCCGGUGCUCACUCUGCAGGAGGCGAAACAAGCGGAUGUGCCUGUGCGAGAACGAGCGCUACUGCGGCACAAGGCACUUGCGCAGCAACCGUUUGAUAUCAAGAACAUUGACCACACGGCUGCGGCUGGGAGCUUUGACGCCAAGUGCUCGCUUGCGCUUGCGAUUGAGUCCGGUGCGGAUAUCGAGCUGAUUCAAUGGCUGUUGGAUAUGGGCCAUGAGGCAGAGGAGCUGAGUCGCGACGCAGAUAACAAUUCGAUCGUCACUAUCGCUGCGCUUCACAAUCGGCCCGAUGUCAUCGAGCUCUACAUCAGCCAUCCUACCAUCAGUGGAAUCGACCUGCUCGACUGGAGCAACACCAGCCUGGGCCAGACAGCCCUGCAUCUCGCAUCUAUCAAGGGCCACGAGGAAGUGAUCAGGGUGCGAAUGAAUGGCGCACCGCCGCCUGACAAGAGUAAUGGACAUGAAUUGAUGUUGAUUCCUACUUGCCGCUAGCUUCUCCUGCAUCUGGGCGCGGAGGUCGACAUGCCAGAUCGAGA